GUGUUUGAUUGACAGUGCUGUCAUGACAACCUCACAUCAGCUUUAGGCUGUCCAAUCAGGAGUCAGACUCCGGGUCCCUCCCUGACUCCCAGGUGAGCUAAAGAGUCAGGCUUGACCAGAUUUCUGUCAGUCUGUUCCAGCGCGUUUUUUCUUCGUCACUUUAUCUUCACUCUGUCAUCCAGAUGAUGUUCAGAUCGACGCUCGACUUUUUCUCAGCCUCCAGGAUCUUUCUGCCCAACUUUGCGGAUGGGGCCCAAGUCCUGGCUCGCUCCCGGUCCCCGGAGGACCCUCCCUCCGCCUGUCCUCCUAUGUCUCUCCCAGGAUUGUGUUUCUCUGCGUCUCAGAUCGCCAGUGUCUGCGAGACCCUGGAGGAGACCGGAGACAUCGAGCGGCUGGCCCGCUUCCUCUGGUCCCUCCCGGUGACCGCAGACGGCCGUGACUCUAUCUCUGAGCACGAGUCCGUGCAGCGGGCUCGCGCCGUGGUGGCCUAUCACACGGGGAGUUUCCGCGAGCUCUAUCACAUCCUGGAGACGCACCGCUUUACGCGCGCCUCGCACGGGAAACUACAGGCGAUGUGGCUCGAAGCUCACUACCGGGAGGCGGAGAAGCUCCGGGGGAGGCCACUCGGACCAGUUGAUAAGUACCGCGUGAGGAAGAAGUUUCCGUUACCGAGGACCAUCUGGGACGGGGAGCAGAAGACGCACUGCUUCAAGGAGCGCACCCGGGGGCUGCUCAGAGAGUGGUACCUUCAGGAUCCAUACCCGAACCCCGGGAAGAAGCGCGAGUUGGCACACGCGACCGGACUCACACCGACUCAAGUUGGGAACUGGUUCAAAAACCGGAGACAGAGAGACAGAGCCGCAGCAGCUAAAAACAGGUUGCAGCACCAUCGGAUGUGUCCAAGCAGAGGAGGGUGCAGUCCAGAUGAGCACGGGGAGCGUGUGGAUGGAGAAACUCUUCUUUCAGUAACAGACAGUGACUCUGAUUUGGACGUCUGAGACCUUGAAUCUUUGAAAUGGACUUACGUGGACUUUUGAUGAUCUGUGAGAAUUGCAGGAGGAUCAUUGAUGCGGAACAAAAGGGGGUGGUUGGGAUUUGGGUUGCACUAAUUAUUUAUAGCAUAAGAAUAUCCUUAAUAUCACCUAACUCGGAUGGUUUUGAGAAGAUUGUUCCCUGAGAGUUGUACUCUCAGUUUAGUUUUUUUUUUACUGCUGGUUAGCUGAUGAUAUGCUGCAGAUCCAGACUAACUUUUCUUUUCUGCUAUUUCACGACACCACUGGAUGUUGAAGCUUCACAUCUGAUGACCCAGAUUAGCUCAUCAUCAACCUCAUUAAACAGACAUCAAGCCGAGGACCCCUGUUGGACUUAAACCCGCGGACCCCCUCAUGCAAGGACCUUUACAGACUGAAACCUUUCAGUGAGAUAAUCAUUCUUAUUUUCUCUAAUUAUGUGUCAUUAGCUGUUGUUGUUUUUUUUUAAAUGGAACUAGUGGUUUCUCUAGAAAGGACCCCCAGGUGACACUGCUGUAGACAAUCAAUACGCACUGCAGUCUACCUCCCUAUCUGUCUGUCUGUCUCUUCUUUUUUUGUUUGUUUCUUUACUUUAAAUUCUACUUCAAGUCCACAGAGUUUACUGUACAGUUUGUGAUGUCAUAUUGUAUGUCCAAUUUGAU